GACACUUCCGGUGAUUCUUCCGGUAAUGUUACCCACGCGGCGUUGAUAACGGAUGACUUUGAGACAUACUGGUGAAUGAGAUAGCUGAGUUGAGGAUACAAUACUUAUUCACCAUGGCUUCAUCCUGUACACAGCUCUGUCAACAAGGCAGAAAUCUCCUCUGCUCCAAGGCAGUGGCUCGCACCUGGCAGUAUAACACUCAAGUUAGACAUUGCAUUACAAGGGGAUCAAUCAAAAUCCUAAAUGAUUUCUCGAUUAACAACGGGAAUCACACAACAACCCAGACGAGACAGAGAUGGAAACAACAGAUGUUCUGUUACAGUGACUUGGCUACCAAACAUCUGGCAACUGAAGCUUUGGAAAACAAGAAUGUUGAAGAAACCUCUACAGCUGAUGUUGUAGCAUACAAGAGCCCCCUGUUGCCAAUCAGAGAUGCUGUGUCUGUGCCUAAUAUGCCAUUAGAUCUGGAUUCCGCUGCUGAGGUUUCAGCAUUAGAGCUGAUCAGUGAGGAAGAGGCUGUCAGUAUAACAGUCCCUUCUGACAUCCCCCCUGCAUCCAUCUCUCUAAAAGACUAUGUCGACAAGUCUGAGACGCUCAGCAAACUGGUGGAGCUGGGUGUAAAUCUGUGGAUCCUUGAACAAAGGCCCAAUGUGGGCUCCAUGCUACUGAAGCUCGACUUAAACACAGAUGUGUCCCCAAAGCUGCUGUUCCUCAAAGAUAUAGGUGUGGACGUAUCUCGUUUUGGUCACAUCAUCACGCAAAACCCCUUCGUUCUCACUGAGAGUUUGGAGAACCUGCAUUCCAGGGUGAACUUUCUCAAGUCACAGAACUUCAGCCCUGAGACGGUUGCAUCCAUGGUGUCCAGAGUUCCGUAUAUACUGAACUUCAGUGUGAAGAGGCUGGACAACAGAAUGGGCUUCUACCAGCAGAUACUCAAACUCAGUGCUUCUAAUACACGGGACAUUUUAGCACGUCGACCUAAAUUACUGUGUGGCAGUCUGGAGCCCGUUAAAGAGAACCUGAAGGUGUUGGAAAUGGAGCUCGGCUUCAAGGAAAACGAGAUCCAACACAUAGUUAUUACAGUCCCGAAGGUUCUGACAAGAGACCCAAGGAAGCUGCCCCAAAUAUUUGACUUCGUCCACAAUACCAUGAAGGUGCCCCACGACCUGAUCGCCAAGUUCCCACAGGUCCUAAAUUGUAGGUUAAUGCGUAUCAGAGAGCGCCACCAGUUCCUCGAGUACCUUGGAAAGGCUCAGUAUAAGCCAGACCUGCCCAACUACAUCUCCCUGGAACGGCUGGUGAUAAUGCCAAAUGAUAUUUUUUGCACUGAGUUGGCUCUUGCCAAAUCUGCAGAUUUUUCUUUGUUCCUAAAGACACGCUGAUUCUUCAGGAAACAAACGAUCAAGCGCAAAGAAUAAAUAAAUGUCAAACACCUGAAGACAUGAAGGCUUGUAAACUUCAGCUCAUCAACUGAGUUGGAAUGAAAGUUUUGUAAAUGCAUUGUUAAAUAAAUGUCCACACUGAUUACGACUGAUCAUAACUUAUGUUUUGAAAACUGCUUGAAAAAAUUGAGAGAGGAUUUUAGCAAUGUAACAAAGUUUUUCUUCAGCUCCAGUACGAUUUAAAGGGAAAUAUUAUUUUUUUAUUGUCAUUUGCACAUUUAGAUAUUCCAUAGAAAACCAGUGUUUACGGUAGGAAGCAUUGUUAUGUUGUAAAUUGUAGGUCCCCAAUAUAUAAUAUUGAAAAAGGUCAGUUAUUAUUAUUGCUACUAUUUUGUAUUAAUAAACCUGUUACUACUUAAAUAAGA